CUCCUAACAGAGAUAUCACGUCUCUCUCUCCUAACAGAGAUAUCACGUCUCUCUCUCCUAACAGAGAUAUCACGUCUCUCUCUCUCCUAACAGAGAUAUCACGUCUCUCUCUCCUAACAGAGAUAUCACGUCUUUCUCUCCUAACAGAGAUAUCACAUCUCUCUCCUCAUAACAGAGAUAUCAUGUCUCUCUCUCCUUACAGAGAUCUCCUGUCUCCUCCAGCCUCCUCUCCUCUGAGAGCCUGUAGCCUCCAGUCUCCUCUGAGAGCCUGUAGCCUCCAGUCUCCUCUGAGAGCCUGUAGCCUCCAGUCUCCUCUGAGAGCCUGUAGCCUCCUCUCCUGUGAGAGCCUGUAGCCUCCUCUCCUGUGAGAGCCUGUAGCCUCCUCUCCUGUGAGAGCCUGUAGCCUCCUCUCCUGUGAGAGCCUGUAGCCUCCAGUCUCCUAAAUUGAAGAUGCAUUUCCCGUCAUUUCGCUCGCACUACUCUUCUCAUUGUUUAGAAUUCUUCCGCAUUUAUGCCAAGGAUUAUGGGAUCUUAGAAUCCUCUUGAGCUAACCUGGGCAUCGCCACCUAGUAUCUAACAACCUCCAACCCACCUGGCUUCUGAAGGACCUUCUGUGCGGCAAUACAUUGGUAGGGCUUAGGGAGGGAUUUGACCCGUGGAUUGUGAAGGCAGUGUAAACUUCCUCUCUUCUCCUCCCAUCUUCACAGCAGCAGCAGAUCUCCCUAUAUACCUCACUGGGACAGACAGGCUGGGGGACAUUUCAAUUUGAUUACAUUUAGUAAUAAUAACACAAAGGGGAAAAUAUUGUUCUCUGUAAAUGAAUGUAGGCCUAUGGCAAGAGAAACUGCAACCUGUAUUAUGGGAUGAGUGUCUCUGUGACCUGUAGACCUGUAUUAUGGGAUGAGUGUCUCUGUGACCUGUAGACCUGUAUUAUGGGAUGAGUGUCUCUGUGACCUGUAGACCUGUAUUAUGGGAUGAGUGUCUCUGUGACCUGUAGACCUGUAUUAUGGGAUGAGUGUCUCUGUGACCUGUAGACCUGUAUUAUGGGAUGAGUGUCUCUGUGACCUGUAGACCUGUAUUAUGGGAUGAGUUUCUCUGUGACCUCUCUUAUGGGAUGAGUUUCUCUGUGAUCUCAUACAGUAAAUCCCUCUACAGAUCGAGAUGCAGGCAGGGGGUCCAAUAUUUUCAACCAGUCCCCUGUAUCCUGUCCUCUACCUGAGGUGGCACCUGUACACUGUCCUCUACCUGGGGGGCCCCUGUACACAGCCUCUACGUGGGGUGGCCCCUGUACCCGGCCUCUACCUGGGGGGGGGCCCUGUACCCGGCCUCUACCUGGGGGGCCCCUGUACACUGUCCUCUACCUGGGGUGGCACCUGUACCCGGCCUCUACCUGGGGGGGGGGGGGCCCUGUACCCGGCCUCUACCUGGGGGGCCCCUGUACACUGUCCUCUACCUGGGGUGGCACCUGUACACUGUCCUCUACCUGGGGGGCCCCUGUACACUGUCCUCUACCUGGGGGGCCCCUGUACACAGCCUCUACCUGGGGUGGCCCCUGUACCCGGCCUCUACCUGGGGUGGCACCUGUACACUGUCCUCUACCUGGGGUGGCACCUUUACACUGUCCUCUACCUGGGGGGGGCCCUGUACCCGGCAUAUACCUGGGGUGGCACCUGUACACUGUCCUCUACCUGGGGUGGCACCUAUACACUGUCCUCUACCUGGGGGGGGGGGGGGCCUGUACCCGGCAUCUACCUGGGGUGGCACCUGUACACUGUCCUCUACCUGGGGUGGCACCUAUACACUGUCCUCUACCUGGGGGGGGGGGCCCUGUACCCGGCAUCUACCUGGGGUGGCACCUGUACACUGUCCUCUACCUGGGGUGGCACCUAUACACUGUCCUCUACCUGGGGGGGGGGCCCUGUACCCGGCAUCUACCUGGGGUGGCACCUGUACACUGUCCUCUACCUGGGGUGGCACCUAUACACUGUCCUCUACCUGGUGGGGGGCCCUGUACCCGGCAUCUACCUGGGGUGGCACCUGUACACUGUCCUCUACCUGGGGUGGCACCUAUACACUGUCCUCUACCUGGGGUGGCACCUGUACACUGUCCUCUACCUGGGGUGGCACCUGUACACUGUCCUCUACCUGGGGUGGCACCUAUACACUGUCCUCUACCUGGGGGGGGGGCCCUGUACCCGGCAUCUACCUGGGGUGGCACCUGUACACUGUCCUCUACCUGGGGUGGCACCUAUACACUGUCCUCUACCUGGUGGGGGGCCCUGUACCCGGCAUCUACCUGGGGUGGCACCUGUACACUGUCCUCUACCUGGGGUGGCACCUGUACACUGUCCUCUACCUGGGGUGGCACCUAUACACUGUCCUCUACUCUCCUCAUAACAUCAUGAUGCCCCUUGCCUGGUGACACCUUUUAAAAUCUGUUCAACAGGUGACCAAACCCCUGCUGCCGCUCCUAUUCUGUCAGCUCAUGCUAUCACACAACAACCCCCUAGGAACUGGUCUACUUUAACAGAGAUACACAACAACCCCCUAGGAACUGGUCUCAGUUAACAGAGAUACACAACAACCCCCUAGGAUCUGGUCUCCGUUAACAGAGAUACACAACAACCCCCUAGGAACUGGUCUCCGUUAACAGAGAUACACAACAACCCCCUAGGAACUGGUCUCCGUUAACAGAGAUACACAACAACCCCCUAGGAACUGGUCUCCGUUAACAGAGAUACACAACAACCCCCUAGGAACUGGUCUCCGUUAACAGAGAUACACAACAACCCCCUAAGAUCUGGUCUCCGUUAACAGAGAUACGGCAGGGUAGCCUAGUGGUUAGAGCGUUGGACUAUUAACCGGAACGUUGCAAGUUCAAAUCCCCGAGCUGACAAGGUACAAAUCUGUCGUUCUGCCCCUGAACAGGCAGUUAACCCACUGUUCCUAGGCCGUUAUUGAAAAUAAGAAUUUGUUCUUAACUGACUUGCCUAGUAAAAUAAAAUAAAAUAAAGGUCAAAAAUACACAACAACCCCCUAGGAACUGGUCUCCAUUAACAGAGAUACACAACAACCCCCUAGGAACUGGUCUCCAUUAACAGAGAUACACAACAACCCCCUAGGAACUGGUCUCCAUUAACAGAGAUACACAACAACCCCCUAGGAACUGGUCUCCAUUAACAGAGAUACACAACAACCCCCUAGGAACUGGUCUCAGUUAACAGAGAUACACAACAACCCCCUAGGAACUGGUCUCAGUUAACAGAGAUACACAACAACCCCCUAGGAACUGGUCUCCAUUAACAGAGAUACACAACAACCCCCUAGGAACUGGUCUCAGUUAACAGAGAUACACAACAACCCCCUAGGAUCUGGUCUCCGUUAACAGAGAUACACAACAACCCCCUAGGAACUGGUCUCCGUUAACAGAGAUACACAACAACCCCCUAGGAACUGGUCUCCAUUAACAGAGAUACACAACAACCCCCUAGGAACUGGUCUCCAUUAACAGAGAUACACAACAACCCCCUAGGAACUGGUCUCCGUUAACAGAGAUACACAACAACCCCCUAGGAACUGGUCUCCGUUAACAGAGAUACACAACAACCCCCUAGGAACUGGUCUCCAUUAACAGAGAUACACAACAACCCCCUAGGAACAUACAUACCCUGGUAUCCAACAGAGUUUUCUGUUUUAUCUCUCCCUUUCUCCUCUCUCUCUUCUCUCUCUUCCUCUCUUUGUAAAUUGGCAUUGUAGAUACUUGAGGAAAUAGUUUGGUAAUAUCUAUAAUUUAGCAGCAAUGCUGUUUGUUUUUUAAAAUAAUGACAAAGUAUUGUGAAUGAUAUAUUUGUUGAUUGGUUUUGAAAAUCCAACUCCUCUGGCUCUUAAAGUACAGUAAUGUAAGGCGGCACAUGAUGUUCAGCAGAACAAAAAGCUCCACUAGAAAAGUGAUUCAACUAUGUUGAAACUAAGGAUUACUAGCUAAGUGAUGAUAUUGUAGUUACAAAUGUAAAUAAAAUAAUGACAUGAAUGUUUUAUAAUUAAAUGGUAAAAUUCA